CAAGGAAGCCCUCAUUGUAGACUGGGGGGCUCUCCAAAAGACGUUCAAAAUCGACCCUCACAGAGCGGUAAGAUACGUGGUUAUCGGGGGAGAAGGUGCAAAAAGGGUGAGAGGCGUCACCACGGGAAUGGUGGUGGGGGAACGGCUCACAACUUUAACCACAAGAGGCAUGGAAAAUGUACUCCGCCCCUUCGUCAUGACAGUGCAUUCCAUAAAAAGAGGGGCACUGGCGCAUGCAGCCGCAGCAGUGAUCGAACACGACCUCGACCCUCGACUACUAGCCCAGUUGGGGAAACACGCAAACCCUCUAGAGCCGCCACGCAGCACAGCGCGGUGCAUAGGGCCGUAG